GGUUUCCUUAUCGCAGUGCCACUGCCUCGGCCUCUCUUGUAAAUUCACUUUAUCGUAGAAAUAUUAAUUUACCACCUACCGGAUACUAUUUUCGUUCCCGCACUGGUGAACUGGCUCGCGGAAAAGGCGAAACUUUCUUUACACCGAAACGGCCGCGCAAGCCUAAAAAAUAUCUGGAUACCGUGGCGAAGUAAUGUGAUCGCGAAAAUAAUCGAAAUUGAGAUAUUGUGAUUGUUGAAUGUUAUAUGGUAGGUUGUUCCACCACCUCGACACCCUAGGGAUGAAGGAGUGGUCAUACUACUAUGUUCUGGAUAUGCGAAGUUCGACACGGUUAGGAUGGUAUAUAAAAGAGCUGCAUCCCGGAAGACAAACUCUGGGAGAUGCUACAAAAGGACAGUGUGGCGAUACCCCUGGACCAGGCGCACAAGAAAUUUAUUAAAAACACCGAGAAAGACAAAUCACUGAAGCCGACUUCGAUCAAAGUAGGUCAUCCCAUCAGCCAGCCAAGCCAGC